CAAGACAUGAAAACGAGACUUCCAACUCUCCAUGCCCGCUAUCUCUAAGGCUUAUAGGAGAGCCCUCAAGGCCAUCUGCGUUUUACUCAAAUGGCUCGGUUAAUAGUUCGGAUUUGAGUAAAGGCAACAGUGCGAUUCAGGCCAUCUGAAAAUUCUUGUUGGUUCUAGGAGGAAACAAACCAAGACAUAAGCCAUUAGAGUUCAGCGUACUUACAAAGAAAGAACAUAUCAAACUGUAACAUUAGAGUUACCAUUCACCAAAUAGUCACACAGCAUCACGUCAUACUUGCAUAAGAUAACCGCACGUUAUAAUACUCCUCUUUUUAAUGUCUCUUCAUGUUUAUUUAUUUAUUUAGAGAUUCGACAAUAAGAAAUGUUACAAAUCAAAUAUUAAAUGUUUUCCGUACAACUAGUUCUACUGUUGAAUGUUCUAGUCGAACAUUAAAAUGGAUAUAAGGGAAAUAGAAUUAAGAAAAUAAAAGAGAAGAGUAUUGGUUCUUUGGUGUGGAGCUGCUUUCAAUAAUGGCAAAGCCAAAAAUCAAAUCAAGAAUGAAUAGGAGAUAGAAAGAGAAUCAAUGCUGCUUGAGAAUAAUUUCACACAAAAAAAAAGUCGAAUUUAAUUUGUAAAUGAUUGCAAUUCUGCCCCCAAUAAUAUUCCAAACAAGUCACUCUCUAAUUCUAAAAUAGUAAAAUUGUGCCAACAUUUCUCUAAAUGUGUAUUCACACUCUUUUAACUAUGUUCCUUUCUUGUGCUUCAAUGCCUCUAUCGUUUCUCGAACGACCAGUACAUAGUUUAUAUUCGUUUUCCCUUUUUAAUAAGUUGAUGUUCUUAAUGGAUCCAACCUAUAGUAAUCACGGGUGUGUCGUCAAUUAUAUAUGUAGAAGCGUUUGAUGCUGCACGAGCACAUGCCACUACAGUCAUAUGCUGUGCAAACCCUUAUGUCUAUGCGACUCAACAAACUGUGUUCUUUCAACCAAAAAAAAAAAAAAAUCAACAAGCAAUAUAAGCAAAACAUCAAAUCACACUAAGCGACAACACAAAUCUUAUUAAGAACAAUACAUCGUUAGAUGCAUAUAUGAGUCCGUCACCUCUUUGAAGGUACUUUUGGUUUAGUUGGAUCUCCUCUUUCGAACCAUAAUUAAUAGAUGCAUUCAUGAGUUCAUGUUAAUUAAGUACUAAAUUAUGCAAGUAUAUAUGCUAUCCAAGAAUAAAACUGCAUAUGAUAUCAACGGCAUAACAAUAUUGGGGGAUAUCAAGAACAAGAAGGAAACACUAUUUUUUAAAAUGCCGAGCUUUUAGGAAUGAUUGUAGCCUCUAAUUAUAUGCCGGCCGACUCUGGUAACUAACACAGUAGUCAAACUUCCGAUAGCACUUUAAUUAUCGCAGUGACCAUCUUGUUCGCACCAUUUACAUUUAUACUUAGUGAUUGUUUUGCUUUAACUUUCAACUUGGGCAAAAAACAUGAAUCUGAUCCGUAAAAAUAGUACUGAAACCGAAACUGGUUAAAUAUCCGAAUGGGUUCAAAAAUUUAGUAUCAAUAAAACCGGAACUGAAUCUAAUCCGAACUAAAAUAUUUGAAGUAUCAUAAUAUAUCUGAAUCAGAUUUAUAUACUUAAAUAUAUAUAAGUUAUGUUAGAUUUAAUAUCCAAAAACUAUUCAGAAUAUAUAAAAUAUUUUUAAAUUGUCCAAAAUAUUUGAAAAUAUAUACUAAUGGUGAAUAGUAAAUAUCUAAAAUUGUUACACAAUACUCAAAACACCAAAAAUACUUAAAAUAUCUAAUGAUUCUCGAUCCAAAUAUUCAAUCCAAACCAAAUUUUAUAUGAAACUUAGGUAUUUAUGUUAUAUUUUAUUUUAUUUUUAAGUAUUGAGAAAUUUAAAGUACAUAUAAAUUUUAAAUUUUAAAAAAUAAUUUAAAUGGGUUAUCCGAACCCAAACCAAACUUCCAAAAAUCUGAACCGAAUCCGAACCAAAAUUUAUAAAUACUCAUAAGACUAGAAUUUUUAACUCCAAAAACUUAAAAUCUAGAUAGACUCGAACCAAACCCGAAUGUCCACCCCAACUUUCAACCACGAGAUCUACUCAUAAUUGGAGAGCAGUAUGUUUAUUUGGGAUAAGUAAAUGAAAUUAGCUAUUUCAUAGUUAUGUCGGAAGUCGGUCCCCUAUGAUUUAACCUAAACUCGACUCUUUUUAUUUUACUUUUAUGAUUAUGAUUAGUCGUUAUCGGAUGAUUUAUUUGGUUUAAAUAAUUUAUGUGAUUAUAGCUUUUCGGAUUGGGGGGAAUAAUGUUCAUAAUGAUCGGGGGUGUAAUUAUUCAUGAAAGUGAUGGAGGAUAAAAAAAUAAUAGCAUAUACUUUAUAUCUAAGAGCGUGAUAGAUGAUUGAAGUUACCGGUUUCAUAUAAUGUGAUUUUUUUGAAUUUGUAUUGCUGAGAAGAAACUUUAAUAGAGUAAUCAGCAAGAAAAAUCUGCUUCCGUGUCGACAUUCGAUUUUGAAACUAGUCAUCUUCAGUCAAGUCAACAUUGUUGUGCACUUUAUAAAGUACUUAGUUUAAAUUAGGUGCUAAUAGCUACUUACUAUGAUUUUAGUAGCAAAAAUUUCGCAUCAUGUAGAUCCAACAAAAAAUCUUAAUACAACUUUCCAGAGAAUAUCUAUAGUCUUAAAAAUCUAUUAAAACAUCUAUUAAUCUUUUAAUCAUAUAAAACUAACGGUGGAACUAGCUAGACUUCUAAAACAUUACAAGGCUGAUUUUUGUCUUAUUCAUAUGUUAAGUUACAUUCCUUCCAUUUUUUUCCCCAAAAGUGCCAUUUAACCUUUUUGUUUGUAAGAAGUAUCGUUUUAUAUUUUGAUGUAAAUAUUGAAUAAAAAUAAUUUAAUACUAAUUUUAUUUAUAUAUUAAUUAUAAAUAAAUUUAUUUAUUACAUUUAUUAAAAAAUAUUUGAAAUUGUAUUGUUUUUCAAAAUGUACAAAAGGAGAAAGUAUCACCAAUCUAGUUUAAAUUGUCUAUUGAUUUUCUAAUAGUACAUGAAAAUUAAAUUCUACAUAUCAUCUCCUGACCAGUUAAAAUUAGAGAGCCUUACAACUUAUAAAUAUACAAAAGGGUAAUCAGUUUUAAGAAAAUUUAAAUAAAGGGAGUAUGUUAUAGAAAUUUAUCAUGCUAAUGAUUGAAUAGUUUUUGGCAGUGUUUCAAAAAAAAUAGUUUUUUUUUGGCAUGAUUUUUCUCAUUUUUUUUUUUUUUGAAAAAAUGAUUUUUCUCAUUUUUGUUGAUACUAUUCAAUAGUGUAAUUUCUGCUACAGUGAAGGUCGGAAUUAAGGAGAAUAAUCGAGAUGAGACAGCAAGCAAUAAUAAAACUUAUAUUCUAAACCCACUUACACCCACAGUAUGUACUAGACAAGUCUUUAUUUGAGAUUGGUUUUUGGUGGGCGGAAGAAUAAUUAAAGUUGGGAGUAUAUGAUCAAUCUCUCUCUUCUGUAAUUCGAUGUCACGAUGCUUGUCUGAGAGCGUAAGAGACAGAGAGAGAAGGAACAAUUAUGCUGUAAUGAUAAAAAGAUCGUAUGUGUCUUUGUGUCAAUCAUUUAGAUCACACUUGCAAUGUGCUCUGCUUUUGGUUCAGUUUUUUUUUCCUUUUUAGAUACGUGUUCCUAAUUUCCAAUAACAGAAAUUUAUGGUUUAUUGUUAUUUUAUUUUUCGUUGGCCAUAUGUAUCUUAUUCUCUCUUUUUUGUCACCUAUUUCAUAAUAUUCAUAUCCUCCAUUAACUUGUAACUUUUAUAAUACUAGUAUUGAUCCCAUGCUUCGCAUGAGAAUAAUUUUACUUGCAAAUAAAACAUAUUUCAGUUAACUAAAUUGUUUUACUACUUAAUGUAUGUUGAAUAUAUAUAUAUAUAUAUUUUUUUUUUUUUAUUGACAUGUUAAUUUGACAUCAUCAUAGUAAAAGACUUAUAUACAUUUUAGUUAGAAAAAAAAAGUAUUACAAAUAUUAAUGGACAGCCACCCAUCAUUUUGAUGAAGGCAUGAGCAUAAUGAUUUUUCAUGUUUCAAUUUCUUUUAACCAAAAUUAUAUAUGUAAAGUAUACAUACAAAGAAGAAGAACAAAAAAGUAUACCCACGAAGAGAAAUUACCUUUUAUCAAAAACCCUUCUUCUGAUUUUACAAAUGCUUGCAUGCAUUUGUGAUUGACUUCUAUCUUCCUGCUCUUUCUUUCUUUCUCUUUUUUAAGUCUCUUUGCUCAAGUCGAGUUUUCAGCUCAUGAAAUUCACCAUGACCUUAAGUUCUCAAACUUUUAUAGUUCUAAACGGGUUCCAACGAAGCAAGGUCGUGCUCCGCCGUAGUAACAACUGAGAACUAUAGGUUGUUGAGAUCCAUACUUAGAAAUUGAUAUGAGCACUGGAUACAUUCAAUAUGAUCCUAAUUAUGAAUUAAGAUUUUGAAAUUGAAGAAGGAGAAUAUAUAGGUCUUUCAUAAUCUGUUUUUUUAUAUAUCGGAGGUAGGUUUCCCUGACAUUUUUUAUCUAAUAUAAGAGAAAUUUGAGAGAUAUAAGAGAAUUGGCAAAGAAAGAUCAUGGGCAAAAAAAAUUGGUGGGUAGUUUUUAGUGGGUAGUUUUUAGUGAUUGGUAAAACGGAAUUUUUUUUCUUCCAAGCAUUAUCUUGUUUUAAUUUUUUUUUUUUAAAUUCCACUUGUCAGAAUUUGAUUCGUCAAGCGACUUACGUUUUAUUAUAUAAGGGAUUAGAAAAAUUAAUUAGAAGUAUGAUCCGCACGCGUCCGCACAAGCACUGACCCUUCCUCAACACACUCUCACUUGCACACACCUUCAAAGUUUUUGUUGUUAGAUAGAUUUUAACCAGUUCAUGUUGUUAAAUUAAUGGUUGAGGAUUCGUUCUUUUAGUUGGCGAUUAUGGUUUAAUCUGUGAUUUAAUUAUGACUAGUCAUUUGUAGACAUCCUAAGUAGCAAAAAACAAUCGAAAUUUCCACAUUCCUAGCUAGGAAUUAGUCUAGGUUUUGGUGUAGGACUAUUCCGACUAAUAAAAAAAUGAAGUAUACAAAUUUCAUAUUCAAAUUUAGACUAUGCUUUCAAGGUUUUGUUAAUAAUUUUCAGUGUUUAAUAUAGGAGUUGAAACUAUGAUGUAUUAAAUAAACUUUAUUGAUAACUUGAUUUUUUUUUGUCAAUAACAAGAUCUUUAUAUAAUAAAAUUGUAUUUAGUUAUGGAUGUGAAGGUUAACGUUAAGUAUUCUGAUUACUCUGAAAAAUAGUAACUAUAACUGGAUUUCAAGUUCAAAAGUUCUCCCACUUUGUAUACAACAUUGUGGUGUGUAUUAUAUGUAAAAUAGUUUAAGAGAAUUUCUUUAAUUUUUUUUUUUAUAAAAAGAGAAUUUAUUUAAUUAUUUAUAACAUCAAGAUACAUUUGUUUUGGUUAUUUGUUUAGAGAAGAUUUCAAUGUUUAAGCGUGUUUGAGUUUGAGUAGUUAAAUGAUGAAUGAUCUAUCUGCGAUAUUAUGUGAAUGAGAUCAAAACACAUGAAAAUAUUAUAUGGUGAUUACAUGAUUAGUAACCAAAUAUUUUGAGCCUCCGAAAAUUAACGUACCACCUGUCAUACAAAAUAUGAUCCACAAACCGAGUGAGCGGACAUAAAAAACCCAUUAGCAAGCGGUCGAAGCAUUACAAGUGGUAUAAGAACUAAAACAAGAUGAGUAAAGGGUCUUAUGUGGGCUUACACUAACAUGAAUUACGUUCCUGGGACACAACGAAGAUGUUGCGUUCUGUAAGAAUGGUAAUUAUAUUGUAACAUCUCAGCUUGUGAUAUAUGUGAAAUGGUUUUUGAAUUGAUUUGUCUAUCUAUGUCACGAGAGUCUAUUUAUCUUUCAGCUAUUUAUCCAGAGAAAACUUUAAACUAAAUGUGAUUGAGAUUGAGUAGUCAAACGAUGGAUGACUUAUUGAGAAGUAAUUCACCAAUGUUGUGCGAGUGAAACCAAAGCACAAAAAUAUUAUGAAGUGAUUAAAAAGUCAGUAGACAAAUGUUUUGAACCUCCAAAAACUAAGGCACCAUUUAUUAUAUGGAAUGAAACCAAAUGAAUUGCAUGGAAAAAUUAAUCAUAGACGGUAGGAACGUUACAUAUUAUUAUAUUAUAUGUGCACCCAACUGAAAUCAACCUCUUAUUUUGAUAAACAUAAAUAUAACUAGUAGUUCAAAACACGUUUUUGGUAAUUCAGUAUUGUGUUCGUUGCGAUUGAUAACUUUCUUCCUAAUUAACUAAAUGAAUUUAUCUCAUAAUUAUUGUUUCAGAACUAAAUUUAUCCGACUAAUGUGGUGGAAAAAUCAAACUCGCAAAAACAUCUGUACAAUAAAGUGGCUAUUUUAUUUAAGUGUUUAAUAAAAUAAUUUGACAAUUAAUUCAUGUUCUAGAACUUCUUUAAACUAACAUUCUCGUUGAUUAAUACAAUCAUAAUAUUUUAUAAAUUAGAAAUUACAAUAAUUAUUUGACAUGUUUAAUUAACUCGUUUUUGUCUCUCAACAAUUUUGGUGUUGCCGUUAAUUAGAGAAAGUAUUUAACUUUCACACACAUAUCAGUUGCUUCUCACAUUUGGAUGUUUUGGAGUUUAGUACGCUAAUACUAUGAUAGAUAAAGUUUUUUUCCUAUUUAGUCAUAUAAGUGUUUUGUAAGUCAUAUAAGUGAUGUAUAUAUCUUUGUUACUUUCAGUAAUCAUGUGAUUAAACGCUCAGUUUUAAUGAGAGUGCUUGUUUGUGAGAAUCAAAGCCAUUCAAGAAUGUAUAAAAAAAUGCUAGUAAGGAAAAUUGUGUAGAAACAUGUAUAAAAUAUUCAGUAAUUAAUUAAUCAAUACGGAUAUGGUCAUUGUUAAGAAUAUAUUUCUCUUGAAUUGUAUACUCUUUAAAAUUAUAAAAAAAAAAAUCAAAUACAUUUUAUUAGUAUAUAUUUUGCCCCCAUUCCCAAAGAUGUGUUUCGUAUAGUGCAACGAUUAGUUUUUAGGGCAUCUCAAACCACAAACACUAUUUUAGUGUUAAAAUCACACUAUUUUAGUGUAAUUUCAAUACUAAAACCAAAGUCUUCUCCAACCAUAACACUAAACUUCACACUAAAACUAUUUUAUAAUAUUAUAUGUAUUAAGUUUUUUAUUUAUCAUUUAUUUAAUUGUAUGUUUUAGUAAUAAAAUAAGUAAAUAGUAUUUUAGUGGGAUGAAUAGUGUUUUAGUGUAGUGAAUAGUAUCACACCAAAUUUGAUGUCAAAUUUUAGUGAUGUGAUUUUUACAGUUCCAUUGAAAAUAAUUUGAUGCAAAAAUCACACUAAAAUAGUGUUUUGCAGUUCCAUUGGAGCUGGCCUUAGGUUAUAAAUUCGAAAUUUACCUGUUUAUGAUGUACCUAAUUAAAUAAUAUAUUAUAUUUAUUCGCCAUUCAUGAGAUCCUUUGAUUAAUUUAUUAAUUUAGAAGCAAUAGAUCGAUCAACUACAGUAGUAUUCAUUUUUCAUAAAAGGACACGUAAUUAAGUGAACAAUCUUUUUUGCCGUCAUUAACUGAACAAUCUACUUUAAUAAUUCUCUAAUAUAUUGAAAUCGACUUAUCAUAAACUUAAACUUAGACACUACUAUACAUACCAUUUGACUCUACGAGCAAUAUAUUACUCUAUUUGUUUCACAGUGUUAUUUUAUAUUUGUAUAUAUAAAUUAAGAAAGAAUUAAUUUUAUAUAUUUUUAAAUAAAUAUUAUUAUUUAUACAUCUAACCAUAUUUUAAUAUGUAAAAAAUAAACUGGAAAAUAUAAGUCAAUUAUUAUGUAUUUUCCUUUACAUCGCCACUAUACAAAACUGAAGGAGUAUUAAAUAAAGUAGAUUAUAUCGAAAAUGCAUCCAUUUCUCACCGAAAUAAGCUGAUAAUAACGAAUACAUCAAUUGUGUGCGCGUCGUAGAAUACGUACAAUCCAUGUCCCUUACGUUGCAGGUUCCCAUCAUUUAUAUAAAUAUUCUCUUCUUUUCUGCUUUCACCUUUUUAUGUAAUAUGAAAUUAAUAAUUAAUAUUAUAUUCUUCCCCUAUAUAUAUCUCAGAUGUCCACCGUUUCAGUAUAGCACCGCCACUAGAAUUACCUAACAUAGAAAAAAAGGAAUUAGAAGAUUGGUAUACUCACUUGUUGCUAAAUUUUCACAAAAAUUCAAACAAAAAUGCAGAGGCAAGUGGCACUCAUUAAGCAGUCCCUCUUUGAUCAGGGAUAUCUCGAUGAACAAUUCAUAGAGUUAGAAGAGCUCCAAGAUGAUGCAAACCCUAAUUUUGUUGAAGAAGUUGCAACAUUAUACUUCAAAGAUUCAGCUCGAUUAAUCAGUAACAUUGAGCAAGCUUUGGAAAGAGGAUCAUUUGAUUUCAAUCGGCUAGAUAAUUACAUGCAUCAGUUUAAGGGCAGCAGCACAAGCAUCGGUGCGAGUAAGGUGAAAACUGAAUGCACUAUGUUUAGGGAAUACUGCAGAGUUGGAAAUGCUGAAGGAUGUUUGAGGACUUUCAAGCAACUGAAGAAAGAGCACGCAACGUUGAGAAAGAAGCUUGAACAAUAUUUCCAGUUGGCAAGACAGGCGGGGCCCAAGGAGACUGCACGUAGGCCCAAGUAAUACAGGGACAGAUCAAUGAGGAAUCGUCGGCGAAUUUUGUAGUAGAAAAUGCUAUAAAAAAAUAGUUCCUCAAUGUAUGUAAUAAAGAAGAUCUUGGAUUUUUAAUAUUAUGCAUGUUAAUAAACGGUCCAAAUUUCUCUCAUGUUUUUCCUUAUAUGGCUAAUAUUCUCCAUAGAUAUUAUUUUAUUUGCGAUUGGCCU